AAUGAGGCAAAAAUAAUUGAAGGGUAUUUGGCUCGGUUAUGUGGGUAGAAGUGUCCUCAUCAAAACAACUUUGAAGAUCUGCCUUGUGUGGGUGUGUGUGUGUGUGUGUAUGGCCCAUCAUUUUUUUACAAGGGGCGACAACAACAAGGAAUCAACCGUGCUUCCCUGUUGAGAGUGAUCGUCCAGGCAAAACCUCUAUUUUAGUUUCUCAAAUGACACCGUUGCAGCUUCAGGCUUGACAGACUAUUUGGGGGACCCUUGACUGCUUUCUGGAUACCUUCACUAAGCCAAGUGGUGGAAAUGAAAGAUGAGUGAUUUUGAUCAAUGGAUUUCUGGGAAGUAUGGAAAAAUGGAAGAAGGUCCUCUCCCUCUGUUGACUUUUGCUACGGCUCCCUACAAUGACCAGAAACCAGGAACUAGUGGAUUACGGAAGAAAACUUAUUACUUUGAGGCAAAGCCGUGCUAUCUGGAGAAUUUCAUCCAGAGUAUAUUCUUUUCCAUAGACCUAAAAGAGCGCCAGGGAUCAUCACUGGUGGUUGGUGGAGAUGGGCGGUAUUUUAAUAAAUCGGCAGUAGAAACAAUAGUGCAGAUGGCUGCUGCCAAUGGGAUUGGUCGCUUGGUCAUUGGACAGAAUGGAAUCCUCUCUACCCCUGCUGUAUCCUGCAUCAUUAGAAAAAUCAAAGCCAUUGGUGGAAUCAUCCUGACAGCCAGCCACAAUCCAGGAGGGCCCAAUGGAGAUUUUGGAAUCAAAUUCAAUAUUUCUAGUGGAGGUCCUGCCCCAGAAGCAAUAACUGAUAAAAUUUUCCAAAUCAGCAAGACAAUUGAAGAAUAUGUGAUUUGCCCUGACCUGAAAAUAGACCUUGGAGUUCUGGGAAAGCAGCAGUUUGAUCUGGAGAACAAAUUCAAACCCUUCACAGUGGAAAUUGUGGAUUCAGUGGAAACUUAUGGCACGAUGCUGAGAAACAUCUUUGAUUUCAAUGCACUGAAAGAACUGCUUUCUGGGCCAAACCGACUAAAGAUCCGUAUCGACGCCAUGCACGGAGUUGUGGGACCGUACGUAAAGAAGAUUCUCUGUGAAGAACUUGGUGCCCCUGCAAACUCGGCAGUCAACUGCGUUCCUCUGGAGGACUUUGGAGGCCACCACCCUGACCCCAACCUCACCUAUGCAGCAGACCUGGUGGAGACCAUGAAGACAGGAGAGCAUGAUUUUGGGGCUGCCUUUGAUGGCGAUGGGGAUCGAAACAUGAUUCUGGGCAAACACGGGUUUUUUGUGAACCCCUCAGACUCUGUGGCUGUCAUUGCUGCCAACAUCUUCAGCAUUCCAUAUUUCCAGCAAACCGGGGUCCGUGGCUUUGCACGCAGCAUGCCCACAAGUGGUGCCCUCGACCGGGUGGCUAAUGCUACAAAGAUCUCUUUGUAUGAGACUCCAACUGGCUGGAAGUUUUUUGGGAAUUUGAUGGAUGCAAGCAAACUGUCCCUUUGUGGGGAGGAAAGCUUCGGCACUGGUUCUGACCACAUCCGUGAGAAGGACGGACUCUGGGCUGUCCUUGCCUGGCUCUCUAUCCUAGCCACCCGCAAGCAGAGCGUGGAGGACAUUCUGAAAGAUCACUGGCAAAAGUAUGGCCGGAAUUUCUUUACCAGGUAUGAUUAUGAGGAGGUGGAAGCUGAGGGAGCAAACAAAAUGAUGAAGGACAUGGAGGCCCUGAUGUUCGAUCGCUCCUUUGUGGGGAAACAGUUUUCAGCAGGUGACAAAGUUUACACUGUGGAGAAAGCAGAUAACUUUGAAUACAGUGAUCCAGUGGAUGGAAGCAUUUCAAGAAAUCAGGGCUUGCGGCUCAUUUUUACAGAUGGUUCUCGCAUCAUCUUCCGACUGAGCGGGACUGGGAGUGCAGGGGCAACCAUUCGACUGUACAUCGACAGCUAUGAGAAGGACAUCGCCAAGAUUCACCAGGACCCCCAGGUCAUGUUGGCCCCCCUUAUUUCCAUUGCUCUGAAGGUGUCCCAACUCCAGGAAAGGACGGGACGCACUGCACCUACCGUUAUCACCUAAGAAGACAGGCUGGAUGUGGUACGUCCCUCCUCCCCAGGACCUAUCCAAGUCAUCUGAUUGAAGAGCACGGACAGAAACAAAGUGUAUCUACCCAGUCUUUUAGGAUUCGGUCUUUCCACUAACCAGAUAGUGGUGCAUGGUACAUUUGCGAGACAUUGCCACCCAAGAUGCUUGUGGAAGCCAUGCGGGAAAGAGGACCCAGGGGCUUAUACUAAUGUCAAUUCCUUUUCAUGCCCUUAUGCACUGCUGCUGUGUGGGUAUUUGUUUCCUUAGUACCAGGUACUGUUUACACUGCAAUGUAAGAUGGAGGCCGAACAUCAGUUACAAAGGCCAUUUUUCAUCCUUAGGAUGUGCUGACGAGAUGCCAGUGCAAGUCCCUUUCUCCUUGGUGAAUCUUCACCCUCAUUUACUGUUUACAUGUAACUCAGCAAUUCAGUUUCUGGCGACUUCUCUCCAGUCGGUUCUUUCCUCGGAGGGAGACGUGCAAAUCUCUGUCUUGUUUUGCAACAUACUCCCAUUCACACAGGAAUUUUAGGAUAUUAAAGCAAAAUAAGCU